UCUCUCUCUACCCUCCGUCCUAUGUUGAAUAUUGAGUACUUCUGUUCUGAAUCCUUUUAUGAGCUAUAAGGAUCUGAGAUUAGUUUCUACAUCUUCCAAGUAAGAUUUGGCCAUCAUAUAUGCACAUGGAAGAAGAUCAGAGGAAGAAGAAAUCCAUGUUGAUUAAACCCACAUGUUUUUCAGUAGUUGCUCAUGCCUUGUGCACCAUUUACAUGGUCCUCAGCCAUGUCCUGAUCAUAUCUGAAGCUCAAACCACCAAUACCACAACAGACCCAUCUGAAGUGAGAGCUCUAAACUCCAUUUUCCAGAAAUGGGGUAUCAAGGCUACAUCCAACUGGAACAUCAGUGGGGAACCUUGCAGUGGAUACGCCACUGACAAUACAAAUCUCGACAACAACGGAGUCUUCAAUCCAGGCAUCAAGUGUGAUUGCUCAUACAACAAUAGCGCCAUAUGCCAUAUUACCCACUUGAAAGUAUAUGCUUUGGAAGUAGUGGGGACAAUUGUAGAGGAGCUUAUGAAUCUUACUUACCUCAGCAAUUUGGAUUUGCGUCAAAAUUAUUUCACAGGUCCCUUGCCUAAAUUUAUAGGCAACUUUACUCAAAUGCAAUACAUGAGUGUUGGUAUUAAUGCUUUAUCAGGGGAGCUUCCAAAAGAACUAGGAAACCUUACCAAUCUAAUUGUAUUGAGUAUUAGCUCAAAUAAUUUCAAUGGCACACUUCCCCCCGAGCUUGGGAAUUUAGUAAACUUGGAACAACUUUACUUUGAUAGUUCAGGACUGAGUGGCACAAUCCCAUCAACAUUUGUUAAAUUACAAAGCUUACUGACAGUGUGGGCAUCUGACAAUGCACUUACUGGAAAAAUUCCUGACUUCAUUGGCACGAAUUGGCUUAAUCUCACUUCCUUGAGGCUUCAAGGAAACUCGUUUGAAGGACCAAUACCUUCAAGUUUUUCUAAUCUAACCUCCAUGACAGAUUUAAGAAUUAGUGAGAUAUCUAAUGGGAGUUCAUCAUUAGCAUUUAUCAAGAAUAUGACAGCUCUAAGUGUUUUAAUCUUGAGGAAUAACAAUAUUAGUGAUACUAUUCCAUCCAAUAUUACUGUGUAUCAGAGUUUGCAGCAACUGGACUUGAGCUUCAACAAUUUAACUGGAAAAAUUCCAAGCUCUCUCUUCACUUUGAGUAGCCUUUCUUAUUUGUUUCUUGGAAACAACCAAUUAUUCGGUACCUUGCCUUCUCAGAAGAGUUCCUCACUUCUCAGCAUAGAUUUGUCAUAUAAUCAAUUAUCAGGAAUCCUUCCUUUAUGGGUUACAGAAGGAAGGUUGCAAGUCAACUUGAUUGCCAACAACUUCAACAUUAGUGGUUCAAAUAUCAGUGGUUUGCCUUCAGGAUUGAAAUGCCUUCAACGAAAUUUUCCAUGCAAUCGGGGAUCUCCAUUAUAUUAUAACUUCUCUAUCAAGUGUGGAGGUCCAGAAAUUAAGUCUUCUGCGGGGAUUGUAUUCGAGAGGGAGAAUGAAACACUUGGCACAGCCACUUAUUUUGUCACUGAAACAGAAAGAUGGGCAGUGAGCAACACUGGAAAGUUUAAUGAUAAGAGCGAUGAUGAUACAUAUACCGUAUCUUCUUAUGCGCAAUUCGGAAAUACUUUUGAUCCAGAUUUGUUCCAGACAGCAAGAAUAUCUCCGGGGUCACUAAGAUACUAUGGGCUGGGGCUUCAAAAUGGAAUUUACAAUGUGACACUACUAUUUUCUGAUAUUACACUCUCAAAUGUAUUCGCAAAUAUUCAUAAUUGGGGAAAUCUUGGAAGGCGUGUGUUUGAUAUUUAUAUCCAGGGUAACCUAUGGUUGCAAGAUUUUGACAUACGGAAGGAGGCAGGGGGAAUCUCUUUUAAAGCUGUACAAAAGGAAACCCAAGCACAAGUGUCGGAGAACUUCCUUGAAAUCCAUUUCUUUUGGGCUGGAAAAGGGACUUGUUGUGUGCCUGAACAAGGUACAUAUGGACCAUCCAUUUCGGCCAUCAGCGCUGUUCGAAAUUCUGUUCCAACUGUUGGCAACACACCACAUACUGGUUUAAUUGUUGGAAUCGCUGUUCCUAUUGGAGUUGUCAGCUUUCUAUUUUUUUCCGUGGUUUAUUAUAUUCUUCAAAGAAGGAAAGGGAAAGGGAAAGGGAAAGGGCUGAAUAUUGAUGAAGAUGCAGAGUUUCUAGUUAUAGGUUCUAGACCAAACACCUUCAGUUAUGCAGAACUGAGGACUGCUACAGACGAGUUCAAUUCUGCUAAUAAGCUGGGGGUGGGAGGCUUUGGACCUGUUUACAAGGGAACGCUUCCUGAUCAAAGGGUGGUGGCUGUCAAGCAACUUUCAGUGGCAUCCCACCAGGGAAACCGUCAGUUCAUAACAGAGAUCGCUACCAUAUCUGCAGUGCAACAUCGAAACCUUGUGAAAUUGUAUGGUUGUUGCAUAGAGGGAGAUAGGCGACUUCUGGUUUAUGAGUACCUUGAAAAUAAAAGCCUUGAUCAAGCACUAUUUGGAAGGAGUGGUUUACAUCUAAAUUGGCCAACACGCUACGAUAUCUGUUUGGGGACAGCACGUGGUCUAGCAUAUCUUCAUGAGGAUUCAAAGCCUAGAAUUGUCCACAGAGAUGUCAAGGCUAGUAAUAUUCUACUUGAUGCUGACCUCAACCCCAAAAUUUCAGAUUUUGGUUUGGCCAAACUUUAUGAUGACAAGAUGACCCACAUAAGCACUCGAGUUGCAGGAACAAUUGGCUAUCUUGCGCCAGAGUAUGCCAUGCGUGGGCACCUAACAGAGAAAGCUGAUGUCUUCGGAUUUGGAGUAGUGGUCCUUGAGGUCAUCAGUGGGAGGCCAAUUUCCGACACAAGCUUGAGUGAAGAGAAGGUUUAUCUUCUCGAAUGGGCUUGGAAUCUACAUGAAAGUAAUCGUGAACUGGAACUGGUUGAUCCUGCACUAUCAGAAUACAAUGAUGUAGAAGCAAGGCGAAUGAUAGGAGUAGGUCUCCUGUGCACUCAAGCAUUGCCAUCCCUACGUCCAGCAAUGUCCCGUGUGGUGGCAAUGCUUUCAGGAGAUACUGAAGUGAGCACUGCCAAAACAAAACCUGGAUACAUAAAUGAUUGGGAAUUCAAUGGUAUAAGCAGAUUUAUGAGUGGUGACACUUCUGGGACCUCAACGUCUGGGAAUCCAAAAAGCCAAACCAGAUCUUUAAAUCUAACCGCUGUGGUAGAUGGAGACCAUUUUCCAGCAACUGCCGAUCAACCAAUGUUGCAUCAAAGCGAAGGUGAUAUCCACCUUUCCAAUUUAUCUGAUAUAUAAAGAGUCAGAGAGUCAAAUAUUUGUUCUUGUAUAUUGUAACAACGAAGGAAUAUACACACAUGUAAUUUAUGGCUUCCUUUCUUUCUAAUUUGAUAGAUAAGCUACAUUAGCUACAUUAUAAUUUGUUAAAAGUGAAGUCUCCCAGCUAGAACCAUUGCCUCUACAA